CUGGCCCAGAGUCACCCAGCAAGUCUCAUGGCUGGAUGGGGAUUUGAACUUGGGUCUCCCCAGACCUAGUGCAGCACUCUAACCACUACACCACAUUGGCUCUUUUAGUAGCGAUAUAGCAAUGGAGUUUGGACUAGACAAGUGUGCUGCAUUAAUAAUGAAAAGAGGAAAAAUGACAAAAACAGAAGGAAUAGAACUACCCAAUGGAAGCAAGAUCAAGAACCUGGAAGAGAAAGAACAUUACAAAUACUUGGGCAUUCUCCAGGCUGAUAACAUCGCACACACUGAAGUUAAAAGAAAAAUUGGAAGUGAAUACAUCAGGAGAGUUAGAAAAAUCCUCAAGUCCAAACUCAAUGGCGGGAACACCAUAAAAGCCAUAAACACUUGGGCUAUACCUGUUAUCAGAUACACUGCAGGAAUAAUAGACUGGGCCCAGACAGAGCUAGAGACGCUAGAUCAUAAGACCAGGAAAAUAAUGACCAUCAAUCAUGCUCUGCACCCCUGCAGUGAUGUAGAUAGGCUAUACCUCCCUCGCAGCUCAGGUGGAAGAGGAAUGCUGCAAGUCCAUCAAACAGUAGAGGAGGAGAAAAGAGGCCUUGCAGAAUAUAUCAAGGACAGUGAAGAAGAUGCACUUCAAAUGGUCAAUAAGGAGAAACUAUCCAACACCAAUGAAACAAAGCAGGCCUACAAGAAAGAACAAGUCAAGAACCGAGAAGAAAAAUGGAGAAAUAAGCCCCUGCAUGGUCAAUAUUUGCACAAUAUAAGUGGAAAAUCAGACAUCACCAAGUCCUGGCAAUGGCUUAAGAAUGGCAGCUUGAAGAAAGAAACUGAGGGUUUAAUACUGGAACAUAACACAGGAACAGAUUCAGAGUAUGAAAAGAUUGUCCUGUAA